GGGAUCGCGACAUUUCGCGCCCUUAAAACGCCGCUUCCGCUCUUGCUCAGGCGAAGUUUUUUUUAAAUCGAAGAGCAAACGGAGGAACGCCUCGACGCGCCUCGUAAACAAUAAAGAUGCUGCUGCUGCUGUUGCUUGUGGUGCCGACGAUGUUGCUUCUCCCGUGGGGAUCUGCGACCGACGUGCAGGAAGGGAACCGGGGCCGCGGAUUUGGAGAGCACAUUAACUGGCGGCCGUACGAUGACGCGCUAAAGGAGGCGAAGGCCAGCGGACUGCCCAUAAUGCUCAUCGUGCACAAGUCCUGGUGUGGUGCGUGCAAAGCUCUGAAGCCGAAGUUUGCGCUGUCGAAAGAGAUCGCCGAGCUGAGCCACAACUUUGUGAUGGUGAACGUGGAGGAUGAGGACGAGCCGGAGGCACCGGAGUUCAGUCCGGACGGCGGCUACAUCCCCCGAAUCCUCUUCCUCGACAUGGACGGGAAGGUGCAUCCGGAGAUUAUUAACGAGGACGGCAACCCCAAGUACAAGUACUUCUACAGCUCGCCCAGCCAGGUGCUGGCGUCCAUGUCGGAGGCCGAGAAGAAACUCACGGGCGACACGAAGCGGCGCGACGAGCUCUGACACCAACGCUGCGGAGAGGGCCUGAGCCUGCACUCACGCGUACACAAGCGUGCACACGCAUAGACAAGCGUGCACACGCGUGCACAAGCGUGCACACGCGUACACGUUCACGUAUAAACACGUACACACGCAUACGCUUUCACGUAUAAACUCAUGCACAUAUGCACACUCGUACACGUACGCAUUCACGUAUAAACCCAUACACACACAUACAUGUAAACCCAUACACGCGCACAAAGACAAAUGCAAGGAUCCCCCUCCGUAUAGCCGUAACAGACUGUUGGGGCAAGCGCUGUUAGCGAAC